ACCGCCUGAUCUCAUCCUCAGAGGCGCAGUUGCCCUCCGACGAGUCUUAUGACGUGGCAUUGCAUGACAUCAUCAAAGCGGGUCGGUAUUUAAUUCAUGAGUGGUGAGCUACACUGAAGCUACUCACCUAGCAGGUAUAAGGCUGAGAAGAUGAUGGAAGAGAGUGGGAUUGAGACUACACCUCCUGCCAGCCCUACACCUCCUCUGACUGUGGCUGCUGCCGUCAGCUCCGCACCAAUGACCAUAGGUCUGUCCAGUUCUCAGUCCCUCCCAGGCACCAGCUCUGUGGCCAGUAAUAAGCCAUCAGUCUCCACCACUCUCCCCCCUGUUCCUUCCCUCCCUGCUUUCAUCAGCCCACUGACCACCACCUCCCACUUUCCCCCUACCUCCACACUUGCCUCCCCCUUCACCAGCAGCUCUUCCUUCCUUCCUCCCACCUCCGCCACUGUGCCUCCUCUAAACCCCCCCAUCAGACCACCUCUUGCCUCAGUUCCCGGGAUCUUGGCCCCUCCCGUAGGCCCACCCAUAUCCAGCUUUUCCAUGAGUGCAGGAUAUGACAUCACACGGGGUCAUGCCGGUCGAACACCACAGACACCACUGAUGCCAACAUUCUCCAGUCCUACGCCCAUGUCAGGUGUAGUGUCAAACCCCAUGGUUCAGCAGCCAGCCAUGACAGGAGGAUUGGAUACUGGGUCUCCCAUCACUUUCCCAGAGGAGCAGGAAGAUCCCAGAGUGUCUGGAGACAACAGCACUGGUGGAGGCAUCUGGGGCUUUUUCAAGGGAGUAGCAGGUAACCAUGUAGUAAAGACAGUCCUGGACAAAACCAAGCACUCUGUGGAGUCCAUGAUCACCACUCUGGAUCCUGGCAUGGCCCCAUACAUCAAGUCUGGUGGAGACAUUGACAUUGUGGUGACAUCAGAUAAGGAAGUGAAUGUGGAGGCAGUGAGAGACGCCUUCCAAGAGGUUUUUGGGAUGGCCAUGGUCACUGGAGAGCCUGGUCAGUCUAACAUCGCCCCACAGCCUGUGGGCUACGCAGCUGGUGUCAAGGGGGCUCAGGAGCGCAUUGACAGCCUGCGUCGAAGUGGUGUGAUCCAUGAAAAGCAGCCAGUUGUCUCUUUGGAAAACUUCAUCGCUGAGCUCUUUCCUGACAAGUGGUUUGACAUUGGAUGUUUGAUCCUAGAGGACCCUUGUCAUAGCAUCCGCAUCGAGGUCUUCACUCAGGCAACUCCUCUGACUCUAGAUCUCGUCCAACAGGCUCAGUCUCUGACCCCUUCCGACUACAACCUGCGCUGGUCAGGUCUGAUUGUUACAGUGGGUGAAGUCCUGGAGCGCAGCUUGCCCAACAUCAACAGAACAGACUGGCAUCAGGCCAUGACAGGCAUGACCCAACGCCAGAUGAUCCAGAGUGCUGCCAAAGCUCUGGCUGGGAUCUACAAACAGCAGCUGCCACCCAGGACUGUGUGAGGCUGAAUGGUUCCAGUUUUUGUCAUAAACUGGGAGGAGUUAGAGACAUGUUGGGGGCGAAAAACUUGCUGAUUGGACAGCAAGACUCCUCCAUAGCUAUUAAUCUGUCCUCCGUGUGUGUGUGGGCCAAAUAUUCUCAUAAGGAUUUUACUGAAUGCCAUCAGAUUUGCCAUUCUUUAAAGAAGACUUAACCAUUAACUGAUCAUCUCAUCAUUGUCCUUGAAAGAUUAUUACUCAUCACGUGUUUUAAUAUGAACAGUCUUAACAUAUAUUGUGGUAAUAUUUUGUCGUCUAGUUAUUUUCAUGAAUGCUUACCAUUAUUGUAGACUAUUGCAUGGACUGACUGUGUCCCAGUUGUAUUCUAUAAACAUACACUGGUAAGAGAUCCCAAACUUUGGAAAACCCAAUCAAAUCUUAAUGGCAUGAAUUUAUUUUUAAAAGAGACCCAAUCCAAAACGUAGUAGACCCAGACACAUGCCAGAAGACCCCAAACAGAAAGAGAACCUGAAACCUGACAGACGGAUGCAUCUGACCCAGUUAGACCAUAGAUAAUCUGAACCUGGACUGGACCAUGGAUACUAGAAAGUGAUUGGACGCCGGAAGUCCUUCACUGUAUAAUGUAACACUGUAACUCCUACUUUGUGUCGUGGUUAGUGUUCCAGACACUAGUAUACUGUUUUUUAAAAUUUGGACAUGACAGAAGGUAUGCGCUAAUAUUCUAGUACGACUGCCUGUAAAAUGAUAGUUUUCAUGACUUUUUUGUGUAUAUUUUGAUUUCUAAAAUGUUGCUACAGCUAUCAACCCAUUGUCCACAUUUUUUGGAAAUUUCUUUAUACCUAUAAAUAACUCAUGGCAGGAUUAAUGUACAAAGGGGCCCUGCUGCUAAAACAAGCAGCUGGGCCCUGUUAACCCAUCAUUGUUCAUGGUAUUACUAGGAUUAUUGCUCAUGAUACAUUUAUGUAUAAUUUUUGGUGUAGUAAACUGAUGAUUAAACACAAAUUAAAUUGGGUCAUGCAUCAUGUAGGUAUAAUAAUGGCUUUAAAACUAGAUUUUGACACAGGGCCUUAAAAUCAUAUUAUAGACUGGACCCAUCUUUUAUAAUGUCAGUAGAUAUUGUGCUUUUGUGUAUAUUCCCAAGGUUUCAUACAAACCUGGAAUUUUGCAAAUGACCAUAAAUCAUUUUCUGCACAGUUAACCUGCAGCUUCAGGGGCCGUCCACAUUGAAACUCUUGUGUGUGUAAACGCACAUGUUUUGCAUCGUUUUGGCUGAUCGUCCUUAUGGAUCCUGUAAACACAGCGUCUGUAAACGCACUUUUUUGAAACCUGGUGUCAGGGUGGAAAAAUCCAAAAACGCUGCCCUUCUGUUUUCAUGUGGACGGCGAAUCUGCAUACUCUGUAUCACGCCAUCGUCCCACCACUCGACCUCUAGCCUUCAACCUCUGAACCCCGCGACAUCUCAUAAUAACAACAACAAUGGCGGACUACAUGCUUGUGAGCCUUUCUUGCAACUUAAUCGCAUUGUAGUUGAGUGUGAGUUGCAUCAGCAGUAUGACCUCAUUAACAGUCCACGCAAACGAUUCUGGUUUCCUUGCACUAGCCAUUUUUGUCUUCUUCUUGUUGUGUUUGGUUUCUCGGUUUUAGUGGGGGGGGCCCUGGGGGUUGGGUGCCCUGAGACAGUUUACUGUUGAAGCUUUUUAAAGCACUGAAUUUGUAUGAAGCAAUUGUGCUGAAAAUGGUUUGGUGUUUUAAUGCAGUCAGAAUUUAGAUCUGUGACUGAUUGCCUGUGUUCAUUAUCAUGACACAACUGAUAUUAGCGUGGUGUAACAAAGCCUCAUUUAAUAUGAUUACAUUAUUAUAUAUAUAUUUGUUAUAUCACAAAUCACGCUCAUACGCUCACCUUUGUAAACAUUUUUUACAUUUACAUUUUAUCAUUUUCCGCAAUUAAUCUUCUGGUACUCAGUACACUGACGCUAAAUAUCAGAAAUGGCAAGCCAGACUUUCCUGAAUCUGAGCAUUUAAACAGCUGUGCUGCUCUCUACCAUAGAGAAGAAAAAAAAGCAGAAUUUCAUAUUACUUGGUUUUUAUCUUGUGAGAGGUUCUUAUUGAAUAAUUAUAUCUCAGUUGUACAAGCACAAACAACAACACCGGUUUGAAUACAUAUGAUAAAGAAUUUACAAGUAACGUGUCACCUGAAGUACAAUUAAAUGUGUGGGAUGCAUUGUUUAAGUUCUACAUUCAGGCUUCAUUUCACACCUCAUGACAUGCAUCGACAUUUUCCUGGUUUCUUAAAUGUUUAUAUGCAUCGGUCAGAGUUUCUGUACACACAUGCACAUAUUCUUGUCAAGUAUCCCAGCAAGCAAUAAAUCUCUUUUCUAGCACUGUAUGCUAGUGGUGAGAAAGUAGAGCGGUGAACCUUGGGCCCUGCAGCAGGAUGUGUUUUCAACACAAAAUUGCUUGACGAGUUGUUUUUAAUGGUCUCAACUUUUGCAUGGGAAGGGGUGUUCACCCCCAUUUUGGACCCAUUUUGUGUGCAGCAACCCAUUAUAAAACAGUUGCCAGGUGGACUUUAGGUGAUAAGAAUAUUCAUCUUUGUACUUUCUUCUAAAUGUGCCUUCUUACACAAAUAAAUCACUUUUUCAUGCA